AGAUAAGCGCGUGAUCUACUGUAUAUAACGAGGAUUAUUUUUUAGUUUUCCGUACAGUUGCGAGGGAAGAAACUAAUUUUCACGAAAGUAGAGAAUACUUUUCUGGCCGAGGAUGACCUAGUAGCGCGCGCCGCACACUCUCUCGCGAAACAGCGCCCCCGCCGCAACCCUCCAACCCACGUCUGGUCACAGUUCGCCGAUCGCCGUCCCAUCGACUGCUGACCAUCGGAAUAUAUUCAUUCAUUUUCGGUGCUCGUCACUCGGCGCGUGACCAUGAAGCCGUCGACCCGCAGGGGCAGAGGCGCUCAGGCCCUCUUGAGCUGGGCCCUCGCCUUUCGGGGCGUUAUCAUGCUAGGGGUGCCGUUGAUUUACUUCGCACUCGCUUCACUUUUGGACAGGCAACAUGCAGCUACGAGUUCAUGGUCACCACAGGCGAGUCCGAUGUCCCGCCAACUUUUGUCCGCGAUGCGUCUGACGGCCGACGAUGGAACGCCCGAGGCUUUUAAUUGCACGCCGCCGGCCAUUCUCGACUUUCCGGACGACGUUUUCACGGACGCCGAGCGGCGCCGUGGCGCCGCCUUGUGCCACGCAUUUUUCGCGUUGUAUUUGUUCGUCCUGCUGGCCAUUGUGUGCGACGACUACUUUGUGCCAGCCAUUGAACGCACCAUCGACGUUUUGGGUAUAUCUGAUGACGUGGGUGGCGCAACACUGAUGGCUGCAGCCACUUCAUCUCCGGAGCUGUUCAUUAAUGUGGUUGGCACAUUUAUCACGGAGGGUGACAUCGGGGUAGGCGCUGUGCUGGGUAGUGCUGUUUUUAACAUACUUGCUGUGCCAGCGUGUUGCGGGAUUGCGGCAUCUAAAGAAAUUUGGUUGGACUGGUGGCCAAUGACCAGAGAUUGCGGUGUUUAUGCUUUGGCGGUGGUUGCGCUGAUUGCUUGCCUUGCCGAUGAAGUGGUUCAGUGGUACGAGGCGGCGAUUUUGGUCGCCAUGUACAUAAUUUACAUAACUUUGAUGUGUUUCAACGUUAAAAUCUCGCGGUGGGCCAGGAAGAUUUGCACAUGCUGGGCCUCGCCGCCCGAAAUGACGCCUCUGCUUCCUCAUCCUAUUCCGACAAAGCCAUCAGUUUCGAGCGAACAGGAGGACUCUCUGUUAGCUUGGCUCCACAGCUUUGACCCCAAAGCGGCAAAAUACGAGUCGACCUCGUCUCGCCAGCCUAACGAAAAUAUUAACGUGGAAGAAUGUGCUAUUACGGUGAUAAGAGCGGAAGAAGACGAAGACGACUGGCGCCAGUGCUCCUGGUGGAAAAUUUUCACGAUGCCAAUCAAAAUUAUGCUUUGGCUCACCAUUCCUGACUGUAAAAAGUAUCCGCGAUUGUACCCUUUGACAUUCAUUAUGUGCGUGUGUUGGAUCGGCACCAUGACCUACGUGAUAUCGUGGAUGAUCACAGUAAUAGGGGACACUUUGAGAAUACCUGACAGCGUCAUGGGAAUCACAUUUCUGGCUGCAGGAACAAGCGUCCCAGAGGCUGUUUCCAGUAUCAUCGUGACAAGACAAGGUCACGGAGGGAUGGGCAUCAGCAACUCUCUCGGCUCAAACACCUUUGACAUUCUGCUCUGCCUUGGCCUGCCGUGGCUCAUCAAGGCAAGCAUACUGGCCACGGCGGCGCCUCUUGUUGGUCCGCCGCGGACGAGGGAAGAGUUCGAGCGAGCCGUAGUCAUCAACUCGGACGGUCUCGAGUACAGUGCCAUAACCCUUUUGGGGUCCACCUUGCUGCUCUACGCCACCUUUGGCUGCUACCACUUCCGACUGAACAAAAAGGUGGGCCUUGUGUGCCUAACCUUGUACGCGCUUUACCUCACACUAGCAUCACUCAUCGAACUGAACGUCUUUUUUCAAGUCAAUUUGCCAGUUUGUGGAAGAUAAAUUAAUAAAAAAUAUACAAAUGAGCA